AUGUUUAUGCAUCCUGUUGGUCCACAGGGACAGUCCAAAUUGACUGUUACUACCACCCCCCGCACCUUUGACAAAACAAGUCUUGGCCAAGGCUUAUCUCAAUCUCCCUUGAUUCAAUCAGCCAAUCUAGGUAACUUCGCCAAGAAAAGAUCUAGACUGGACACCCCAGGAAUCAUUGUGAUAGACCACACGUCUGAGUUAACGUGGAGUCCUCGGACAAACCACAUGCAGGACCUACUCCCAGGAGGAGCCAAAUCCCGAUCUCUCAAGGUGAUGGUGGGCAAACUCUUGGUAGUCAUCAAAGCAGGCUUCCCUUUGGCAAACAAUUCAAAGAAAACACAAAAAAUAUCAGUCAAUGUUGAAACCACAGCCAAUAUCCUGGUCCCAACCGGAGCAGUCUAUGAUCAAGUGAUGUAUGACAAUGCCUGGCGCAACUUCAAAACACUGGAAGCUCUUGUAGGCAACGGUCAAAAGAGCCGCCCCAUCAUUUUCAAGGGCAAAGCUACAGAUGACACACUAGAGGCUCUUACCAAGCAAAUGGCCUUCCUCACCUCAGCAGUCAGCCAACUGCUACCAUCAAAACAACAAACAAAGGGACCAAUGGCCCCCUCCUAUGCACUGGCAGCUCUAUCAAUGUCAAAUGUGAUCUCACGUCUCACAAUUUCACAGAAUGUUCAAGGACUUCAGCUCGAUCAAGAAGUGAUUGGAAAUGUUGUUACAAACAGAGGUGUAAUUGUGGACGGAUUGGAGUAUGAGUCAAAAACUCCUCAUCCUUCGAAAAGAUCUUUACCACCUUGCUCCAUCUCAUCGAUUUACCAAACCCCAACCCACAGACAUUGGAAAAAUUUACCCAAGUCAUUGUUUUUCAAAACAAUUGAAUGGUCUCCAAAAAUUCUCCUUUCAUUGGAACAUUUGAAGCCACUUUUUCGGGGAGAUGUGGGUAAAGGGAUCGUACCACCCGCAUAUUGUAUUAAUCCCCGAUUGAAGAUCAUCGAUAAGGAAGGAACGCGCAUAGAUUUUCCCCACUCUCAUCACUAUUCUAACUUUCCAUAUGAUGCAGCCUUAGUCGACUCACCUGAUCUUCCUCCCUGUGGUCAGCGGAGCUCAGAGGCCGCCGAAUUAGACAGAAGACAGAAUGAGAUUGAUAGAUUGACGCGAAUGGUGCAAGAUAUCAAGCCAGACGUGGUCAACAUCGGCGACUGGAGUAGCAAAGAUGAUACGAUUCAUAGGACAACUGAUUUGAGCGAUGGGGACAGGAACGUGACCUCACCUAUGUUUGCUUAUAAUUCAGUCUUACCGAGCAAUCCGAAUCUAACGCGUGAACGAGAACGUUAUAUACCCGUGUUGCGACCUAGAAAACGCUCUCUCCAGGAGGUCAGUGACGGUGACGACGAGGAACGAUCUAGAUUUGAAUUUCCUCAUCUUAAGAAAACAAAGAACAGCUCCGGAGCACCAUCCUUGUUUUCACUUCCACCAACAGACAAUGUGUUCAAGAUGUCUUCCACUAUUACAAAACCAAUCGCUACAAUGUGUACAUUAGACCUCAGUUCUAAGCAAUCAUCUUGGAGCAUCCUGGAUCCUACCAUCCCGCUCACGUCUUUCUUACCAAAGACCAUUCUGACGAACGCGAAAGAUCAUUCCUCAAGUUUUUUCGAGCCCUACUCUCCGCACUCACCGUCAAUAUCACCGGUUACUUCCCAUCGAUACCCCGUAGGUGAUGUCACGUUCGAAAAUGCGGCUCAAAUUCGGGAAAGUAGCACGAGUGGAAGUAGUGACAUCAGUAUUGCCAACUCGACAUACUCUACCUCUGAUCUUCAAUACGAGUAUCCAUCUUAUUUUCUCAUUUUAUGCCAUUGCAACCGUUACCUAUGGGCAUAUCUCCCCAAGAUGUCUUAG